GGGAGACUGAAAGCAGUUCCGUUUCUUCUCGCUCGCUCCCUGUGAAAAAGCUAGGGUUCACUGCAAGCACACACACUUGAAAGCAUUCAUGGAGUGCGGAUUGCUCAACCGCGGUCGGUUAUCUUCUUUAAAUCCCAUAUCAGCAGCAACGACGAGAAGAAGACACUCGGAGUCAAAAGAAUUCUUAAGUUUUCACUAUCCAUUGAAUUCUUCGUUUCAGCUCUCUACAUCUUGCUCUCGCAGAGGCUUUAUCUGCAAAACAUCCACCCUCAGAGAUACCAACAUCUCCACUCUACCGGCUAUGAAUUUGGCGGGAGAGAAUUUUGAAUCGUGGAGUUUAAUGGCUUUGUCGCCUUUGGAUGGUCGAUAUUGGGGUAAAGUGAAGGACUUAGCUCCUUAUAUGAGUGAAUAUGGUCUAAUCUAUUUUCGUGUCCUGGUUGAGAUCAAAUGGUUGCUGAAGCUUUCCCAAAUUCCAGAAGUUACAGAAGUUCCUAGCUUUAGUGAGGAAGCCGAGUCUUAUAUGCAAGGACUGAUAACUGGAUUUAGCAUCAACGAUGCCUUGGAAGUUAAAAGGAUUGAGAAAGUAACAAACCAUGAUGUAAAAGCUGUGGAAUACUUCCUCAAACAGAAAUGUCAAUCGCAUCCAGAGAUUUCAAAGGUGCUUGAAUUUUUUCACUUUGCUUGCACAUCUGAGGACAUUAACAAUCUCGCCCAUGCAUUGAUGCUCAAAGAAGCAAUAAACAGAGUUAUAUUUCCUGUCACUGAUGAACUGAUCAAAGCAUUGUGCAACAUGGCUAAGGAUACCGCUCAUAUUCCCAUGCUUUCACACACUCAUGGGCAGCCAGCUUCACCAACUACUUUGGGAAAGGAGAUUAGUAUAUUUGCUGUCCGAUUGAGCAGAGAGAGGCAGGAACUAUCUCAAGUUGAAAUAAUGGGGAAGUUUGCUGGUGCAGUUGGUAACUAUAAUGCACAUCUUGCUGCAUAUCCCGAAAUCAAUUGGCCUCAGAUUGCUGAAGAGUUUGUCAAAUCUCUUGGGUUGUGCUUUAAUCCCUAUGUUACUCAGAUUGAAACUCACGACUAUAUGGCAAAACUUUUUCAUGCAAUUGUUCGAUUCAACACUAUAUUGAUUGAUUUCGAUACUGAUGUAUGGAGCUACAUCUCUAAACGCUACUUUAAGCAGAUAACUAAGGCUGGUGAGAUUGGCUCCUCGACUAUGCCUCAUAAGGUUAAUCCUAUUGAUUUCGAAAAUAGUGAAGGCAAUCUGGGUAAAGCUAUUGGAAGUUUGCGCCAUCUUGCUGAGAAGUUGCCUAUUUCACGAUUGCAGCGUGAUCUAACUGAUUCAACAGCUCUGAGAAACAUGGGUGAAGGAUUAGGGCAUUCUCUUCUUGCCUACAAAAGUGCGCUUGUAGGGAUAGCGAAACUUAAGGUCAAUGAAGCUUGUUUGCAUGAGGACUUGAACCAGGCAUGGGAGGUGCUUGCUGAACCAAUACAGACUGUUAUGCGGCGAUAUGGUGUUCCAGAGCCUUAUGAGAAGCUGAAGCAGCUAACCAGGGGACAGGCAGUAACCGAAGAAAGUAUAAGACAAUUUAUUGAAGGCUUGGAAUUACCUAGAGAAGCAAAAACCAAUCUUUUAAAGCUAACACCCCAUACCUACAUUGGAGCAGCCACUGAAUUGGCCAGAACUGCUGCUGAUACAGCUUUGAAUUUAGUGAAUGGUGUGAAGGUUUUAGAGACCGACAGCUGAUAGAACUAAUGAUGGCGCAAUUGUUGUAACUUAGUAUGUUCGGCUGCACCAUGGGACCCAAUAUGUUCACUGCAGCAUGUUAACCGGGUGAGGUAAAACGUGGUUCAUUGAGAUGUUUAAGUUAUAGGGGGGAAUCCUGUUUCCGAAGGAGAGUUUAUGUUUUGCAAUCGGGAAUUCGUACACUGGGAAGUAAGAACUUGUGGUUGAAGUUUUGGUAGGAAAUUGCCUUAAUGUUGCUGUGAUUGCUGUGAACCUCUGAGCUCGAUUGUACACUUUCCUGAUCUGUGUUUGCAAUAAGCAAAGAUUAUGUGGGAAUUA